AUGACGAUGAUACCCGAAGAAAAAAAAUCAAUUAAAUAUGGAGAACUAGUCAUUUUAGGUUAUAAUGGAUUCCUUCCACCGGGAGACAGGGGUCGAAGAAGAAGUAAAUUUGUUUUGUACAAAAGAUUACAACCUAAUGGAGUUAAGAAAUCUAAACAUUAUGUUGUUAAAACUCCUCAUUCCUCACAGGCUAUAUUGGAUUCAAAACAACAUUCUAUAUCAUUCACACUUUCGAGGAAUCAAGCUAUCAUAGUAGAAUAUAUGCCAGAUGAAGAAACGGAUAUGUUUCAGAUCGGCAGGUCUUCGGAUCCUCCCAUAGAUUUUGUCAUAAUGGAUACGAUUCCGGGUGAAAAACAGGGAGAAGAACGUGUCAAUCAGAGUACGAUAUCCCGAUUCGCGUGUAGGAUAUUGGCGGACAGAUCAAAUCCAAAAAUAUGUAAAAUAUUUGCUGCCGGAUUCGAUUCUUCGAGGAAUAUUUUUUUAGGGGAAAAAGCAACAAAAUGGCAGGAAGGAAGAGAAAUCGAUGGUCUCACUACAAACGGAGUAUUAAUUAUGCAUCCGAUCGGGAACUUUGUCGACGGGGAUUCAAAACCGGGAGUGUGGAGAGAAGUAUCCGUGGGGGGCGGCGUUUUUUCCACGAGAGAAUCAAGGUCGGCACAGCAAAAAGGUUCAGUGAUUGCAAACGAAACGAAUAUUUUACAAGACGGAACGUUGAUUGAUCUUUGCGGAGCAACUCUAUUAUGGCGUUCUGCAGAAGGUUUGGCCAAAUCACCCAAUAGGGAUUAUAUCGAGGCAUUAGUUGAUAAACUCAACGCAGGGAAACCUCUUUGUCCCGUUGGUUUAAACACGUUGGUCAUUCCGAGAAAAGGUACGGCGGAUUCGAGUAAUGAAAUGGAACAACCCUACGUGUAUUUAAAUUGUGGACACGUUCAAGGUCAACAUAGUUGGGGUCAAGACAAGGAUUCGGAUGCCAGGAGAUGUUCACUUUGUUUUAAGGUCGGUCCCGUUGUGAAAGUAACAAUGGGUAUAGAGCCUGCAUUUUAUGUCGGCAUAAAGUCGGGAAAUUUUUAUGCCUUCAGCCCUUGUGGGCACAUGACCACGGAAAAAACUGCAAAGUUUUGGUCGCAAACGGCGAUACCACACGGAACCAACGGUUUCGAUGCAGUUUGUCCUUUUUGUGCUACCCCCCUGACCGGGUAUCCCGGUUACAUUCGUCUUAUUUUUCAAGACAACGUCGACUGA